AUGCAUUCCCCGUCGAGCGAGAAGUCCCCCAUCGCGAUGGCCGCGCCCCUAGCAGAUAGCCAGGGCAGGCCCGAGGCGCCCGCCCCGUCCACGACGGCGCAGGAGCUCGCCCACCUCGCUCGCGAGUUCCUCGUCGUUGUCCUCAUCGCGUACGCGAUCCUCAGCGCGCUGCUGCCCGCGCUCGGGUACGUGCUGGCCCGCCUCCCCGCCUUCGCCGUGCCCGACGCGCCGUCGUUCGCGAUCGACAUCGCGCACGUGAACCUCCUCCGCGUCGUCUUCGUGUGCACGGCGCUGGUCUUCGCGGUCUACGGCGCGGCCGUCGCUGCGUACUUCGCCGCGCGGAAGUACUGGUGCGCGAGGCGGUCGGUCGAUCUGGAGAAGGGGUCGGAGGAGGAGUGUGCGUCCCUCCUGACGCGGAGAGGACCGAUUGCGCUGUGA